AAAUAAAUAUAUAUUUUUAUUUCACUACUGUCGUCAAGUGGUUGACAUGUAUAACUUAUAGUCGGCAUUCAGUUUUUACUUAUUUUAUUAUAAAAUAAAUACUGUCGAGUUCUUUAUACUGACAGUUGCCUUUAGUUUUAAAUUGUAAAAUUUGCCGACUACAUAAUCCGAAUUUAUUAUUUUAUUUUUUUAAAUAUUUAAAUAAAUUAAAUCAUUACAAUGUCGACCCAAAAGUCGGAAGCUACGGUGCCAAACAAAAUUAAGUUUCUCAUUUCUGGAAUGUCUGGUAUGGCUGCUACAUGCUUCGUCCAACCUUUGGACUUAAUUAAGAAUCGAAUGCAAUUGAGUGGAAAGAAGACAUCGACCCUGAGUAUUGUGUCUUCAAUUGCUAAAAAUGAAGGGUUAUUGGCAAUGUAUUCUGGUCUAAGUGCCGGGUUACUGAGACAAGCGACAUAUACUACAACAAGACUAGGAGUCUAUACGUGGCUCUUUGAAUUAGCUUCGAAAGAAUCACAGCCUAACUUUUUCAUUAAAGCUGGUUUAGGAAUGACUGCUGGUGCUGUUGGAGCAUUUGUCGGAAACCCAGCAGAAGUUGCACUAAUUCGUAUGACUGCUGAUGGACGACUACCUCAAGCCGAGCGACGAAUGUACAAAAACGUUAUCGAUGCUUUGUUCCGAAUUACUAGAGAAGAAGGAGUUUUAACUCUUUGGAGAGGAGCAAUACCAACAAUGGGACGUGCAAUGGUAGUUAAUGGUGCUCAAUUAGCAUCUUAUUCUCAAGCGAAAGAAGCUCUUCUUGAUACUGGUUACUUUGAGGAAAAUAUCAUGCUACAUUUUACUGCUUCAAUGAUUUCUGGAUUAAUAACAACAGCAGCUUCAAUGCCAGUAGACAUCGCUAAAACACGUAUCCAAAACAUGAAAAUGAUUGACGGUAAACCAGAGUACAAAGGCGCUUUUGAUGUACUUGGUAAAGUAGUAAGGAACGAAGGAUUUUUUGCCCUGUGGAAAGGAUUUGUUCCUUAUUACGCUCGAUUAGGGCCUCACACUGUCCUUACAUUUAUCUUUCUUGAACAAAUGACAGCUUCUUAUAAAAAGUUUUACUCUUAAGUUUAUUCCAUUACUUUAAUUAAUUGAAUUUCAAAAAUCACAAACAUUAAAUCCGUAUAAAUUUAUGUGAAGAAUUUUUUAAUCUAAAAAAAUUUUUAAAACGUGCCAUCAAAAUUUUUCACUGCAAAUUAUCAAGAACUUCAAUUUUUUUUCUUGUUUUUAAAUUCAAAUUUAAAAAAUUAAUUUUUUUGCUUCAUUUUUUAAAAAUUCUAGUAAUUUUUUUCAAACUUAAAUUUACUGCUGUCAGUUUUCGAAUUAUGAUUCAGAAUUUGAUAAAUUUUGUUAUAUUAGUAAAUAAUGAUAAGAAAAAAUCAAAUAAAAUUUUUCUUUGGAGGACAGAAAUGCAGUAAAAUUUGUAAAUUUUCAUAUAUUUGAUAUUUAGCCUCAUGAUAAAUCACAGAUUUAAUCGAAAAUAUUUUUUCUCUCCUUGAAAAAUUUAAUUUGAUAUUUUUCAUAUCAUUAUCGACUACUGUGUAAAAUUUUAUUGAAUUAUGAACAAAAAUUUCAAAACCGACAGUACUACUAUCAGAUAAAAUACUUCCGUAAAAAGGUCUGUAAAAAAUUACUACAAUAUUUUUAAAUCAAGCGCGCGGAAUUUGAAUUUAAAUUUGAAUUUUUUUUGUCACAAUUGAAUAGCGGAUUUAAUUUAAAUUAAAUUGUUUAUAAAUAAAUAAACAGUGUAUUUAUUAUAUAUAUAAAAUAUAAGUGCACUGCAUACAUGUAUUAAAUAAUCGACAAUACGAAUAAUUAAACGUGCGAACAUAAAUAAGGCACAAAUUCGACUCAUAUUUAAAAUAUUCAAAGAUGUGUUCAAUAGUUUUAUGUUGAGAGGAAGAAAUUUUUAAUUCUGAUACACGAGAAAUUCAUCAUUUUUUUUAAAUAUUAUUUUGAUGUAACGAAUUAAGAAAAAAUUUCCAAUAGACAUUUGUAAGCGAAACGGAUAGUUUUUUAUAAUUCACAAUAGAAAGCUAAAUAAAUAUUCCAAAUAGAUAUAUAUAGUAAGUACGUAGGUAUUAACGACUGCUGUGCUUGAAAAAUUAAAAAAUAUACCAUAAGCUUUUGUUUAAAUAUUUAUCAAUUUGAUAAAUUUAGAUGAUUCUGAAGUUAGAAGACGAUUAAGAAUUUUCGGAUUUUUUUCAACAAAUCGAUUACAAAAAAAAAAAGUUAAGAAAAUGCACAUGUAGAAAAUUGAAAAAACUAUGGGUGCAAUUUUUUAAAAAAUUUUUUUUAUAAUUUAUCGUUUUGAAAAAGAAACAAAAAUUAUUAAACGUCGGAUAACUUGAGUAUCAUAAAUUUAGUGGAGUUAUUACUAAUACGAGUAGGAAGUCAUCAGUUGCUUACAUUAUUUUUUUGUACAUUAUGAUACUUACUGCUCAAUUGGCUACUAAAAUUUUUACUACGGUUCUAUUGCCUACGCAAAUAUUAAAUAUGUAAUUUAAUUGCAUAAAAAAAUAAUUGCAGUUCUAUUGCCUACAGAAAAAUAAUUCAUGAUGUUCAAUUGAUUGCUAUUUAAUUGUGAACCCAAUCAAAGAAAUUCCUAAUGAAUGUAGGCAAGCUUCUGAUUUAUUUGCUGAGAAAAUCUUGUACUUGUUGAGGAGAAAUGACCAACGUUCAAGACCGAUCACUUGAUAAAAAAAACGCAGCUGGUCUGAAAAAUAUCAGAACCUCGGUAGUCUUCACAAUAGCAACUGGAAAACUUUACAGAGUUUUCUAUCAGAAAUUAGUAGGGACAAGAUUUUUACCUUAUUUUUAAAAUGAGUGGUUCAAAUUUUUGAUAUUACGGCGAAAAUAUUGGUCUUAUUAAAAAAGUUUUCGAACAAAAGUUGUAGGAAAUUUAAUUUUCUAAAAAAAAUGUAUCCUAUGAUUUUCGUAUACGAUCAAUAUUUUCACCGUAAUUCUAAAAUUAAGAUUCAUAAUGAAUGAUUCAAAAUUUGGGGAUUUAUGAAAAUCUUAAUUUUGAAAUUACGGGUUUCUUAUUAGUCCUAAGAAAAAAUUAUAAGAGACAUUUUUUUUAGAAAAUUAAAUUUCCUACAACUUUUGUUUGACAAAUUUUUUAAUAAGACCAAUAUUUUCCCCGUAAUAUAAAAAAUUUCACACAACUACUUAUUAAUUAUUUUCAAAUUAACGCAAAAAUUCUGGUCCUAGAAAUUAGUGAGCUGAUCAGGUGAUUUCCUGCGUCGACUAUGAGAUUCAACCCAGUGUCUUAUUAUGGACAUAGCGAGUUAUACUUUUGUCAAGACUACCGCGGUUCUGAUAUUUUACAGAUCAAUCGUCUUUUUUUUUAUCAAGUGAUCGGUAUUGAACGUUGGUCAUUUCUCCUCAACAAGCACAAGAUUUUAUCAGCAAAAUCAGGAGCUCGUCUACAUUAAUCAGGCAUUUCUUUGAUUUGGGUUCACAAUUAAAUAGCAAUCAAUUGAACAUCAUGAAUUAUUUUUCUGUAGGCAAUAAAACAGUGCAAUUAUUUUUUUAUGCAAUUAAAUUAUAUAUUUAAUAUAUCCGUAGGCAAUAGAACCGUAGAAUAAAUUUUAGUAGCCAACUGAGCAGUAAGAAUUUCCAAUGUACGAAAAAAUAUUGCAGGCAAUGUCUUCCCAUACGAUUAAUGAUAAAAAAAAUUUUUACAAUAAGCAAAGAAUUUAAUUACUAUAACAAAACAUUCUUUCUAAACAUUCUUGAUAAAUUAUUAUGAUCGUCUGGUACAGAUCUUAAUGAUUUUGUUAUAAUAUUAAUAAAGAGUUAAAUAUAAUUUGUUAAUUUCUGUAUAUAGUAAUAAAUCCUGUGGAUUUGUAAAAUAA